AUACGCAUUUGUUGUUUGGAAGUGAGCAGUCAAAACAGAAAUUAGAGGUUUGAGUGAAACAAUGGAGAGCGGCGCUGCUUUUGCUGCCCUACACCCCAAUCCCACCCUCCUUCUCGGCCCCGCCCGCAGCGCUAUCCAGCUCCUCCCUCCUCUCACCGACAAGAAAUCUCUCUCUCCCCACCUUCUUCCUCUCCAGGCAACUGCCGCAUUCAAUAAGCAAUCGCGCUUCGUUCCUUUCAGUAACAACAAUGCCAAUUCGCUUCGUGUGGCGUCGCCCGCCAGUGAUGUUGCAUUGGAAUCAGCUGACAUUGACUGGGACAAUCUUGGUUUCGGAUUGGUGCCCACUGAUUAUAUGUAUAUGAUGAAGUGCUCCCAAGGUGAAGCAUUUUGUAAUGGUGAAUUGCAGAGAUUUGGGAACCUUGAGUUGAGCCCGUCUGCUGGUAUUUUGAAUUACGGCCAGGGAUUGUUUGAAGGCCUAAAAGCUUACAGGAAACACGAUGGUAAUAUUUUACUAUUCCGUCCUGAGGAAAAUGCGAUGCGGCUUAGAGAGGGUGCCGUGCGCAUGUGCAUGCCUGCUCCUACUGUUGAUCAGUUCUUGGAGGCUGUAAAAGCCACUGUUUUAGCAAAUGAAAGAUGGAUUCCUCCACCAGGAAAGGGUUCUUUAUAUAUAAGACCAUUGCUUAUGGGAAGCGGAGCUGUUCUAGGUCUUGCACCGGCUCCUGAGUACACCUUUUUGGUUUAUGUUUCACCCGUAGGCAACUAUUUCAAGGAAGGAUUGGCACCAAUAAAUUUAAUUGUGGAGACAGAAAUGCAUCGUGCAACACCUGGUGGUACCGGAGGAGUAAAGACCAUCGGAAACUAUGCUGCAGUUCUACAGGCGCAGAGUGCUGCUAAAGCAAAAGGGUUUUCUGAUGUACUUUAUUUAGAUAGUACUCACAAAAAAUAUUUGGAGGAAGUCUCCUCGUGCAACGUGUUUGUUGUAAAGGGUAAUGUGAUAUCCACUCCUGCGAUAAAAGGCACCAUCCUACCUGGCAUCACCAGGAAGAGCAUACUCGAUGUUGCUAUUAGUCAGGGAUUCCAGGUUGAGGAACGUUAUGUGACAGUGGACGAUUUGCUUGAAGCUGAUGAAGUUUUCUGCACGGGAACUGCAGUUGUUGUUUCACCUGUAGGAAGCAUAACCUAUCUCAAUAAAAGGGUGACUUACGGAGGAGUGGGGCGUGUGUCGCAGCAGCUGUAUUCGGCGCUGACGAGCCUGCAGAUGGGGCUGGCUGAGGAUACAAUGGGAUGGAUAGUUGAGCUCAAGUAGCCUCUCUUAUCCUCUCUUGUCUUUGAAUUGUAGAAACUACUUAUGACUUUGGAAAAGAAGCGUCUUGUGUUGUAAUUUGCUUUUCUGCUCCUAA